AUGUUACAACUAGCAUUUUAUAUGUUAUGUUUAUUUAUUGCAUGUUAUAUAUAUUUAGCAAAAAUACAAUACAACUAUUGGUCUAAACGUGGUAUACCGGGACCCAAACCACUGGUCUAUUUUGGUAAUCUAUUACCCGAACUUUUUAAAUCUAAAUCAUUGGUUGAAUUGGAAAGAUUCCAAAAAUAUGGUAAAAUUUACGGUACAUUCAAUGGCAGCCAACCGGUGCUGACUAUUGCCGAUCCCGAACUGUUGAAACAAAUUUUGGUCAAAGAUUUCGAUCAAUUCCGCAAUCGAUCGCCAAAUCCAUUCCUGACACCCGUCGGCCAUCGGGUUUGCCGACAAAGUUUGGACAAUAGUAGGGAUGGACAGUGGGUUCGCGUCCGACCAGUACUUAGUUCGUUGUUUUCGGCAAUAAAAUUACGUUCAAUGAAACUCAGAAUCGACCGGCAAAUCAAUCGUCUAACCGAUCGUAUAGAUGGCUUGAUUGGCGACAAUAGUAGCGGUAGUAGUGGUGGUAAUAGUGGUAGUAGUAGUGGUAGUGGUAGUAGUGAUGGACAGCCAACAGUUCUCGACAUAACUAAGCUAUACGAUGACUACGGCCUAUCCUGUAUGAUGUCCUGUAUGUUCUCAAUGGAUACUAUAGAUGAUAAUACCGGUGCCUAUCAACUACUCAAUGAUCUACUAAGUCCUCGACGUUGGCGUAUACUACUGUUCCUACUGAUGCCCGGUUCACUCAUACGCUUAUUAUUCAAUCUAACACAUCCCAUACCCACUAGUCAAUUGGAUGCAUUUGUACAAUUGACCAGGGAUCAAUUGAGACAACGUUUAUCAUGCAUCAGCAGCACUGGUAGCUUAUCAUCAUCAUCAACAAGCACUGGUAGUAGUAGUAGUAGUACUAGUAGUCCUCAAUAUGGUGAUGACCUGUUAGGCUAUUUGAUGCAAUCAAAUAAAAUUUUGUUUACAAAUAAUAAUAAUAAAAAUAAUGAUGAUAAUAAUAAUAAUAAUCAUAUUGAAACUGAUACUAAAUACAUAACCGAUGAUGAAGUGGCAGCCAAUUUGUUUGCCAUGUUUGAGGCCGGCUCCGGUACCAAUUCAUCUAUCAUAUCAUUUUUAACCUACAAUUUGGCUACCAAUCCCCCGAUACAGGAUCGGCUAUACAAUGAAUUAAUCACCCAAUGUAUGGACACAACAAUAUCAUCAUCGGUUGAACAGUUAGAUUGUGACCGAUUGUUACGCAACGACUUUAUGGAUGCAGUAGUGGCCGAAUCGUUACGUAUGAACACAACAACAUUACGUGAGGGACGGGUAGCCGCCAAUGAUUACCAACUAACAGAUGAUAUAGUUAUCUACAGGGGACAGGUAGUCGAGUUUGCCAAACACGCUGUACACUAUUGCAGGGACUACUAUCCCGAUCCCCAUCGAUUCAAACCCGACCGGUGGCUGCCCGAUAGUCGACAACAACAAUCGAUACCCCCGUACGGGUACAUACCGUUUGGUGCCGGUGCUCGUAUGUGUGUCGGUAAACGGUUUGCCCUGAUGUCGGUUAAGCUGACAAUCGCUAGAUUAUUGUUAAAGUAUAGGUUAGCCAUUUGUGACGAUAUUAAUAGUAAUAGUAAUUUAAAUGCAAAUAAUUUAAUAACAAAAUUAAAAUUUUCCAAAAUUUUUGAACAUUAUACACAUACACCCGAAUCAUUUUAUUUAUCCGAUAACCGACAACAACAAUCGAUACCCUCCCGUACGGGUACAUACCGUUUUGGUGCCGGUGCUACGUAUGUAUGUCGGUGUAAACGGUUUGACCUGAUGUCCGAUAAGCUAACAAUUAUUGCCGAUUAUUGUUAA